UGUCAAAUAGGAAUACACUUAAUCAUAUAAAGGAAGUGUUUCGGAGAAAUUUUGUAAAAUUAAAAUGAAAAUUUUAAUGAUUUUGCCUUUGAUUGUCUACAGUCUGUAUGGAUUAACUUUUGGACAGAUUAUUUUUCCAAACAACUUAGAAAUAUCACCUCACAGUGAGUGCGUGGGUAUCCCAGAUGGAACCAGACUCCCUCAAGCCAAUUGCAGUACAUUCAUCCUUUGCGACAUGGAAUCACCCUUGUUACUUCCAUGUAGAGAAAGUGAACCGUAUUUUGACAGAACUGCUCAGAGAUGCAGUAAUGACUCAUCAGUUUGUUACAUUGAUGGAGGCGUAGUUCCACCAACAACAACCACAAAAGCUACAACAAUAAUCAUACCAACUGUCCCAGUAGGCACAAAUCCUCCUCCAACUACAACCACAACUACAACAACACUUCCUCCACCACUUACCUGCCCUACACCAUGUGCAGAUCUUCCAAAUACUUGCUUAUGUGAUGCUCAAUGGACGUGCGUUGAUGGCAAUUGUAUUUGCGAUGAAACAAUUGUGUGUCAAAUGACUAAAGCAGAAUGCUUAGCAAAGGAAGGAUGUGGAGGUACAAAUGGAUGUGCUGAGCGAUGUGAAUGUGUUGAUGAUAAUAAUUGCGUAUGCAACUUAGACACUCAAUGUACAUUCAACAGGCUUCUUUGUGUAUCAAAAUGUGGCUGUCAAAAUAAUUGCAACUGUGUACUCCUUAAAUGUACUUGCUUUGAUACAUGUAAAUGCUUCGAACCACCACCGGUGUGUCCAAAAAGUAGACAAGAAUGUCCUGAAUUUUGUGGAUGUCAGGAAAGAUGCCUUUGUAAUGGAGAUAAGUGCGUUUGUGAUCUUGAUCAUGGUUGUCCAUGAGUUUUUGGUAAAAAGACUUAAAAAUCAAAAAAUCAUGAAGCUUUUUGGAUCUUCGAAUUUUUAAAAAGAUAAU